UCCGGUCCCGCUGCCCUCAGCGAAGAUGGCGGCAGUGGAGAAGCGGCGGCCGGCGGUGGCCCCGGCGGCCAGUUUCCCGGACAGCGGCCGGCCGGUGGUGUCCCGGGCGGCGGCAACGGCCGAGAGCGAGGAGGACUUCCUGCGGCAGGUCGGGGUGACGGAGAUGCUGCGCGCGGCUCUGCUGAAGGUGCUGGAGGCGCGGCCCGAGGAGCCGAUCGCCUUCCUGGCGCACUACUUCGAGAACAUGGGCCUGCGCUCGCCGGGCAACGGCGGCGCCGGGGAGCCCCCGGGCCAGCUCCUGCUGCAGCAGCAGCGCCUGGGCCGCGCGCUGUGGCACCUCCGCCUGGCUCACCACUCUCAGAGGUCGGCCUUCAACAACAACGUCGGCGUGGCCUACGAGUGCCUGAGCGCCAGCGGGCGCAAGAAGCGGCCGGGGCUGGACGGGCGCACCUACAGCGAGCUGCUGCGGCGCGUGUGCCGCGACGGGGAGGCGCCCGAGGAGGCGGUGGCGCCGCUGCUGCGCAAGAUCCAGUGCCGCGACCACGAGGCCGUGCCGCUCGGCGUCUUCCGCGCCGGCACGCUCGCCUGCUUCGUGCUGCUCGAGUUCGUGGCGCGCGCCGGCGCGCUCUACCGCCUGCUGGCCGAGCCGGGCCUGGCCGUGGCCGACCGGCGCCUGGGCCAGGCCGUGCUGGACACGCUGGAGGGCGCCCUGCAGGCCGGCGACGCCGCCGCGCCCGCGCGCUACCUGGAGGCCGGCUCGCGCCUGGGGCCCGACAGCCUGGCGCUCGCCAUGGACCGCGCGCGGGGGGCCCGGCGGCCCGGCGCCCCCAUGACCCGCGAGGAGUUCCUGGGGAAGGCGGCCGCCCUCUUCAUCGCCAAGGUCAAGCCGGUGGGCUGAGGCCGCCCCCGCGCGAACGCGGCGUGGACCGGGGCUGCGCGGCCCUGCGUGCGGGGGUGCGGGGAGCCCCCAGACAGCUUCGGACCUGGAGCCACGCCCCAGCCCCUGCGGGGGAGCCGGGGGUCCCGGGAAGUGGGCCCCGUUCCCAGCCCCGCGAAGACCCCUCCUCGGCGGUAAUAAAGUCUGUUCCCGAG